AUGUACGCGGGUCGCAAGCGGAGGAAGGCGGUGCCCCGGGUGGUGCGGCCAUGCCCGGCCGAAGGCGGCACCUCCAACCCUUCGAAGCGGCACAGGGAGCGGCUGAACCGGGAGCUGGAGCGUCUGGCCGGGCUGCUGCCCUUCCCUCAAGAGGUGGUGGCUGGGCUGGACAAGCUGUCGGUGCUGCGCCUCAGUGCGGGUUACCUGCGCGCCAAGAGCUUCUUCAGCGUUGCUCUGAAGAAUCACAGUGCCAAAGAAGAGGAGAGGGAUGAAGACUAUGGCAAGGGACCAGCUCCUGGCUCAGCAGUGGUGCCAGAGGGUGAACUGCUUCUACAGGCACUCAAUGGCUUUGUCCUAGUGGUAACAUCAGAAGGACUGAUAUUUUACUCCUCACAUACAAUUCAGGACUAUCUGGGAUUUCAUCAGACAGACGUCAUGCACCAGAGUGUCUUUGAGCUGAUCCACACUGAGGACCAGCAGGAAUUCAGACGCAACCUCCACUGGGCCCUCAAGCCACCCCAUGCUUCCAAGGGUGAGCUUUCCCCAGAAGAGGGGAAGAGCGUCGGCUCUUGUGCUGUCACCUACAAGCUGGAUCAGCUGCCCCCAGAAAACUCCUCCUUUCUGGAAAGGAGCUUUGUGUGCCGCUUUCGCUGCCUCCUGGAUAAUUCCUCUGGCUUCCUGGCUUUAAACCUUCAAGGCAGGCUGAAGUUCCUUCAUGGGCAGAACAAAAAGUCUGAGGAUGGGUCUGUGCUGCCACCCCAGCUUGCUCUCUUCGCUAUCUCCACCCCGUUGCAGCCCCCAUCCAUCCUGCAGAUCCGAACCAAGAACAUGAUCUUCAGGACAAAGCACAAGCUGGACUUCACCCCUUUGGCAUGUGAUGCCAAGGGGAAGAUCGUUUUGGGCUACACGGAGGCAGAGCUGCGGAUGCGGGGCACCGGCUACCAGUUCAUCCAUGCUGCCGACAUGCUGUACUGUGCUGAGAACCACGUCAGGAUGAUGAAGACAGGUGAGAGCGGCCUGACAGUCUUCCGCCUGCUGACGAAGGAGAACCGCUGGAAGUGGGUGCAGGCCAACGCACGGCUCGUCUACAAGAGCGGCCAGCCCGAGUACAUCAUCGUCACACAGAGGCCCCUUCUAGAUGAAGAAGGAGGCGAGCACCUUCGGAAAAGGUCCAUGCAUCUUCCCUUUACAUUUGCUACAGGAGAGGCGCUCUUAUACCACAGUGCUUACCCUCUCCCAGCCUUCCCUGACCCUUUCCAGAACAAAGGGAAAACCAGUAAGUCCAAAAAGACUUCCCACAACCAUGGAGGACGCUCCCAGAAGAAUGGUGUCAACUCAAGUUCUCUGCUGGGCACCAUGAUGCAGCAGGACAAGACAGUGUAUGCUUCCCAGCCAGCUCUCCCAUCUGACCACUCCUUCAGCAGCAGUUUUGUGGAGCACCUCAAGGAUGUCUCCUUGCUGGAUGCAGAAAAUGAUGCCUGGAGUAUGGGUGCUGCUCCAGUUGCUUCAAAGGGGGACAGCCUCAAAGAAGAGCUGGUGGAUUUGCAGCAAGAAGACCCUCUCUUGGCCACCCUUGACUCGCUCUCAAUUAAGAAUGAUGAGAGCUGUUCCAACAAUGAGCUCUUCAGUGCACUGGAGGGCCUGGGGUUGAAUGCUGAAGACCUGGAGCUCCUGCUGCUGGAUGAAAAAAUGGUGAUGGUUAAUAUGGACCCUGACCACACCCCAUCCUUGAACGACUGCCUCACCAGUAACGAGAUUUUCUCCUAUAUCCACACCACUCUGGUGAGCAAGCAGGAGGGAGGACAACAGGUCUGUCCCCUGCCAGGCACAUCCAUGAGUCCACACGGAGGCACCUCUACAUACCAGGUUCAUGCGGAGAACGAAGACUCACAGUACAUGCCCCAGUAUGUUCUGCAACCUGGCAUCACCCUGGGCCAGCUACCUGCUUCUCUGUGGGAACAGCCCCUCCAUUCUGUGCCAGGGAAGCCACACCUGAUGCUGCCAGAGCUGACUGAGGAAGAGCCUGCUGAUAGCUCACAGUGGAGGCCAGCUGGGGGGGAGGGCCUACUCCAUUUCCUCCAGCCAGUACAGGGCAUCCCAUGGGACAAGGUGCCCAGCUCAUCACCAGGAGCCCCCUGCCUGCAGGAGCCACUCAGGACUCAGCAGCUGGAGGGUGACUUCCCGGCCCUGUAUGCCACACAAGACAACGCUCACUGGUGUCUCUCCAGGCCCAACCAGUGCCAGGGCCAUGUGGGACCACCCAGCCAACCAAAGCACCAUCACUUGCAGAAAAAUGGCUUGUGCAGCCACAGCCCUGACUCCACUCCACAUUACCUUUCCAGCAGCAGCCCCAGCCCAUGGCAGGACUAUGUUUCCCCACUCCUGGGGUCCCUACCUCAGCCUGUUUUUUCUGGCAUCACUCAAGACUUGAUCUCCCAGCACCAGGGCUGCUGGGGCACAGGGCCUGGCAUGCCAGCAAUGCACUUUAACCUGAACGGAGUGUGCAGCAUGGAAACUGCAUCCAGUGGUGAGUCCCAGGAAAAGAUGGCUCCCUACUCAAGCUUUUCCACCCCCUCCUCUUACCAGCUUAUUCCUGAGAAGCAGCUGAGCACUGUUAUGUCUGUGCCUCAGCACCUUUCAGCUGAAGGGUGCUUUGGGAGCAUCAGCAGCCCACCAGGGACUCCGGUGAGCUCCUACGGGACGUAUGCCUCCAUGCUGAGCCAGGGGAGCAGGCACAGGCCUGCAGAUGGCUGUGUUUUGCCCAGCUCUCCCUUGGGACUCCCUAGAGACCACCUGCUGCUGGAGAGCAGCCUGGCUCCUUCCUGCCAGCCACAGCCCCCAGCAGAAGCGCUGCCAGAUCACCCUCAUGCCUCCAGCAGUGACUUCUGUCUCUAG